GAUAAGAAUGGGAUGUUGCCAGGAUGAGCCUAGAUACCCAUUGCUCCCAUAAUCCUUUUUUCUCUACCUCGAUUUCUCACAUUAACACCAGAAGGUCUGUUCAAAAUGACAUGGGUAUGUGGAGCUGGCACCGGCAUUCGUCUGCCCAAUCUGAAGACCCAUCCCAGACAAUCUUCUUCACCGCUUCCUAAAGCAACAUUUCCUCUUCAAAUUCAUUGCAAAACAUCAAACACGGUGACAAAACCACCUUGUUAUCCCUCUGUUCAACCCAUUUCAAGCAUAUCCAGAAGGCAUGUAGCAGUAGUUCCACUCGUAGGUUUAUCACUUCUUCUAAAUUUUUCCCAACCAGCCCACGCCAAAGACAUCCCAUUUUUUGGGAUUAAAAAGCUGAAGAAAGUGGAAGAAGAAGUGGUAAAGGAGGCCCAAGAAUUGGUGAUCGAAGGAGAGAAGGGAGCAGAGAAAGUUGCAGAAGAAGUGAAGGAAAUUGCUCAAGAGCUGGAGUCAGAAGCCUCAUUGUUUGAAAGGCCUGGGGCAGCUGUGCAGGCUGGAGUAGUUGCGGGAGCAGAACUUGUAGGUGUAUUGGUGGCUUCUUCAGUUGUAAAUAGCAUUGUGGGUCCCGAGCCUUCCAAGUAAGCUUAAAUGGGUUAAUUGUAUUGUCUCGAUCAGCUACAUUUCAAGGGGGCUUAAACGGGAGUUUUCAGUGUACUUAUAUAAUAAUAGUAGCAUCAAGGGUUCUGCACCUUAAUAAAUAAAUUCAUCUUAUAUUCUUUUUCCCCUGCA